AUAAAUAUAAAAAUAUCAUUAUAGUGAAAACGCGUUAAAAUGUAACUAAACAUUCUUAUCUAAAAUGAAUAAUGUAUACAAGUGUAAUUAGUGAAAUAAUCAAAUGUAUAAUACAAAUGUGAAUAUAAAUGUAAGGAGGAAUCCCGCCUGUAAUCACAAAACCAAAUCCGAACACCCCCGGUUUAGUCCUCACUGCCAGAUGGAACAAUCCACAAAAAUGCAAUGCAAAAAAAUGCAUGUAAAGGGAUUUGGCAUAAAGUUACAUACAUGUUUACUCCCUCACCCUUCAUACAUUUUCUGUAUUGUAGGGAACCCUGCCCCUCUCUGCUCCCUCCUUUGCUGGGCUGACCACCCACCACUCUUUUUCCCUACCACCACUUCCACCCAGAGGAUUAUUACAGAGUGUUACAGAGAGUGUCAAUCGCUGUAACAAUUGGCGAUCUGGCAGAUGCCUUCUGCCUCUUGGCUAGGCUCCUGUUGUCUAAGCUAACAGCGGGGUCCGCAAAAUGCGCCUCGAUGUUGGUACUACGUCAACACUGUGUGAUGAACAAAGUACUGUGUGUCUUCCAUAUGGAGCAAGGGGUUAAUUAUUUAAAAAAAAAAGUUAACGCUGCAGCUCUUCCUCUGCCCGUCGCAAGCCCUCUUCGCUGGUCCAAAAUGACGAAUCCUGCUUCAUCCAAUCACGGCGUUCACUCAGGCCAUGAUGCCCCCGGGGGGAACGCUGUGAUUGGAGGAAGCCAGAUUCGUUAUUUCUGACGUAAGCAGAGGCUUCCGACUGCCGUGGGAAUCGAUGGAGCAGCUUUCAGGAUUCAAAGCUCUAGCACUUCAAAAUGGCGGAGAGACCCGAAGAUCUCAACUUACCCAACACCGUAAUCACAAGGAUAAUUAAAGAGGCUCUUCCUGAUGGCGUCAACAUCUCAAAAGAAGCGAGAAGUGCAAUUUCCCGGGCAGCCAGUGUCUUUGUGCUUUAUGCAACAUCUUGUGCUAACAAUUUUGCGAUGAAGGGGAAACGAAAAACGCUAAAUGCAAGUGAUGUCUUGUCUGCUAUGGAAGAAAUGGAGUUUCAGCGCUUUCUGACUCCUCUGAAAGAGUCUCUAGAAGCCUAUAGACGGGACCAGAAGGGCAAGAAAGAAGCUACCGAACAGAAGAAGAAAGACAAAGACAAAAAGCCAGACUCUGAGGAUCAGGACAAGAGCCGGGAGGAAGAGAACGAAGAGGAGGAGGACAAAAUGGAGGAGGAUGAAGUUGUAGAAGAUGAGGAAGUGGAUAACUGAGCUGGUGACAUCUUGUGUUAAAGAGAAUUCUGGCCUCAUUGUUCAUUCCUCAGUCUUACAGGGGAGUUUGUUGAACCAUGACUGCUAUCUAGAAACAGCCAAUGACAAUAGGACAAGAACCAGGUGACAUUGCACAAGCAUUGGGCAUGUGUGAGCAAUACACACAAACUACCCAUUAGAUGGAACUAGUUUUUGUUAUCAACUGGAACUUAAUGCUUUUGGAUGUUGGAGUCGUUUUUGUAACAUUAAUACUGAAGAAAAAAAGCUAAAAAUAUUGUUGAACUGUAAAAGGUUUUUUUUUUUUGUUUUUUUUUUUAAUUUAUGUAAAUAAAUGUAUUAACUUUU